UUAUUUUUGUGUAGUUAUUAUGAAACCCGCUAUCUAUUUGUUUUUCCAAAAAAUCUAAGUAGUUAUUUUUCAUAAUUAUUCGUUUUUUCCGACUCAAAAAUUACAACGCUCCUACCACAAAACCUUAUUUUGAAAUGUUAACCGGAAGUGGAAGCAAAACCUAGCAUUAGCAACCUAUCGUGAUUGUCAGUGUACUACCGGUCAGUGUUGCCAACAAACUGGCUGGUCAUGGGUGUGCUGCGGUGCUAUAACUUGUGACAACCGACGCCAAAAUGAUGAAUGACAUCUCCGAGGAGCCCGAGAAGGACAACCUGCUCGAAGCUCCUCGUAAUUUAACGGCCCUCGGUAGUGGUGCAAGGCCUAAAAGUGGUGAUGGAGGCAUCAGGCCGACAGAGAAGAGAGGACCGUAUAUCAUGUCCAGGGCGCCAGCCAUCCACCUCAAACUACAAAAACACAGGGAGCUCGCCAGGAAAGCUCUAAAGAAGAAAGCGCUCGCACCGGGACCUGCUGUCAUGCAUCAGCCCAGACAAGGAACUAAGAGAAAAGUUAAGUUCAACAAGGGCUACACUGCUUUGAGUCAACAUGCAGAGGAAACUUUGAUUGCACUGGAUUCAGACAGUGAUGAAGAGAUUGAUUUUGAGCAGUGCUCCUCGGGCUACUCUUCAGCUGAGAUCCAUCCGGACUUGAGUCGUCAGCUGCUUCAGGACGGCUACCGCCUGGACGAGAUUCCCGACGACGAGGACUUGGACCUGAUCCCACCCAAAGCUAUGGGUUCCUCCGUGUGCUGCUGCAUGGAGACUCCGUCCUGCUGCACGCAGUGAAAGGCCACCGCUCCGUUGCGGGCCGCCAAAGCAGGUUUGUGGCCCGUGUCGGAGGCCGGCGGUUGCUGCCUUCUUGACGUUUCCCACUCCGGAGCCGAGAGCCGGGCUUCUUCUGAGUGGCAUCGCUGCGCAGGUGGACAACAGCAACAAAAAAAAAAAUUGCCUUAUCCACUGUGACUCCAAAGCUAUUUUUGUAAAAAAAAAAUUUUUUUUUUUAAAAUACGUCUAAUUGCAACUAGAGUGACUGGUGUGGACGUGCGGCAUCUUCAUGUUUUAUCUGCAAUUUCCUGACUGCUGUUACAUUCAUCUCACUUAUUCCUACAUUUACAAGCUUGUUGGAUUCAAAUAGGAUAUCAAGUACACGUUAUUGUGUAUGCAUUUUGAAAAACAAAUAAUAUUGCUGGCGUUGAGGCCAAUGUUUUUUGUUUUUUUUUUCUUCUCCAAAUUAUCGACCAAUCUGAAAUGCUGACUUGCUCUCUUUGAUGAUGCAAUGCUAAUGGCUCAGUAAUCAUUCUGUCUUUUUUUUUUCUUCCCUUUAUGAAACAUGCUGGUUUCGAAGAGGUUUCCGACCAACGGCAGUCAUAUGUCACCAACAUUAACGCGCUUUACUCCGGUAACAUUCCGUCUUCUAACAUUGCAACCUCUUUCUCGCAAAGUAGCACUUUCGCGCAACAAUGCAAUGCUUUUUUUAAUAGCAACCUUUUUCCUUGUAGUCUUCCUAUAUAUUUUUUUCUUUUCAGCGUGGUCCCAAGAGGCCUUCAUUAUCUCCUGUCAAAACGUUAACAUGAGCACUGUUUCCAAGCUACUAAAGCCAAUGAGUGAAGUGGGAAGGGUACGGACAUGUGAAAGUCAAAUAAUACACUAUAAAUGUAUUUAGUUUGGAAAAGAAUGUGCAUGUAGGCUAGGGUGUUAAACCAAAGGGGUUUCUGAUGUUUUGGGAGGCAACGUUAUGUCAAGUCGUCGAAUUAUUUAUAAUAUAUUUAUAACUUUGAGGUGGUUAGUAGGAAAAGAAUUGGUUUAUGUCACUUUUUUCUUCUUCACUUUGUAUGACAGAACUGUCAUCGGUGUGAAAAACAAAGGGCAAGUACUUUGCUUUUUAUGCACUGUACAUUUGUGGAAUGGAAGAGCAUUUUUCUUGUGGUUUCAGCCCGCACGAUACGUUCACUCGUGUCGUGGUGUUCUUCUGGAGGAGGCCAAGCACUUAUUCUAUAAAACGCAUCGUAAAGCGCCUUCAAAUGACUUUCUGACGCAAUCGACAAAGUUUUCAUACAGUGUGCCAAGAGUAGGUUUGUGCUCAUUCUAUUGCAUUUGCACUUUUAGCUCAAUAACAUUUGCUACAUCUCCUCAAGACACAACAAGACCGUUUGAAAUGUCACAAAAGCAGACAUGGCACCGUGAAGAACUCCCAAGGAAUUUUGUCUUGUCUGUGGAUAGUUUUAUCUGAAAGUCGUCAGCCAAGGUUGAAGUGGCCAUUCCAGUGAUACUCAGCAUAUUGACUUUGAUUUGGGGGACAUUUUGUCACGUUUCUAGUUUCAGGGACUGUGAGUUCACCAUCCAUACUUCCUCCUCAUUCUCCUCCUUAUCUACCUUCACUUCCUUCAUUUGAAAGUCCUAAAAAAAAAAAAGACCCUUUUUAAUUUAACAUCAGUGGUUGGUAGCAAAAGUCAACAUAUGUUAUGCAACCGCUGGACAAUCUACAUUUAUUAUUUUACAAUGCGUGUAUGUUUAUUUUUUAAUAGGACUGCUGUUUUAUUGGUUUACAAUACAUGAUAAAAUAAAAGAGCCAUUCUGA